UCAAUCUGUGGACUAUUAUUUUGUGUCUCGGUCCCAUUCCCAUAGCAAUAAAGCUAAUUUGCACAUCUCUAUAAAUUCCAUCAUCACCUUGCUUUUCUUUACCCAGUUUGCUAGCUUUGCUUCAGAUCGAGUUCACAUCAAUCCUUCCCCAAAAACUCUCUUUUUCCUCCUCCCAAAGUAUUCAAUUCCCAUGGGAUCUGAUUAUUAUCACCAUUAUUGCCGCUGUUUCUUGGCGAUUAUUAUUGUUGUUGUGUUGUUGUUGAAUCCAGUGCAUGGAGAUUCCUCGGACGAUCUGAUACAAAAGACUUGCAAGAACACAAAGUACUAUGAUCUGUGUGUUUCCUCUCUCAAAUCCGACUCCACCAGCUCAAAGGCAUCGGACACCAAAGACUUGGCCCAAAUCAUGGUUAGGGUUGGAGUAGCCAACGCCACCGCCACCAAAUCUUACCUCUCGUCCCUCAUCGGCGGCGGCGGCGGCGGCGGUGGCUCCUCCGCGAACGACACCAGUGCUACGAUGAAGAAGCUGCUGAGGGAUUGUGCAGACAAGUAUUCGUACGCCGGCGACGCUCUCCUGGCGUCGAUUCAGGACUUGGACGCUGAGAUGUAUGACUACGCGUACAUGCACGUCAUGGCCGCCGCGGAUUAUCCCAACGUUUGUCACAAUGGGUUUAGGAGAUAUCCGGGAUUGGCUUAUCCGCGUCAGCUGGCGAUUAGAGAGCAGGGUUUUAAGCGUAUUUGUGAUGUGGUUAUGGAGAUGCUUGAUUCUCUUGCUGCUUUGUCUUAAAUCUUCAUCUUAACUUCAAUUAUCAUCAUAUCCUCUUAUACAUUA